AUGGCGUCGCCACCGUUUGAUAUUACGGCUGAAAAGGAGGGUAGCAUCAUUGGCUUCCUCUCGCGCCAGUGGAACUUUACGCCCGUCGCGGUCACCGAUGUCGACCUCAGCGGCAAGGUCGCCGUCGUCGUCGGCGCCAACUGCGGCAUCGGCCUCGAGGUCGCGCGACAGUUCCUCGGGCUCGGCCUGAGAAGGCUCAUCAUUGGUGCCCGCAACCAGGAAAAGGGCAAGGCCGCCGUCGCCGACCUGCAGAGCACCUCUAGCGGCGAAGCUACGAUCGAGAUAUGGCCGCUAGACCUGGCCUCGUACGAUUCCGUCGUUGCCUUUGCUAAGCGCACCGAGACCCUCGAGCGCAUGGACUACGCCGUGCUCAACGCCGGCAUGUGUGCCACCAAGUUCCGCAUCAACGAGAGCACCGGCCACGAGGAGACCAUCCAGGUCAACUACCUGGCCUCGGCCCUACUCACAGCGCUGCUGCUGCCCGUCGCAAAGACCAAGCGUGCCGCCCAGGGCGGUCCUACCAGAAUCACCGUCACCUCGUCCGACGUGUCUAGCUGGACCUCUUUUAAGGAAAAGACCAGCGUCCCGCUGUUCCCAGCGCUCGAUAAGGGCGCCAGCGAUCUCACCGACCGCAUGAUGGUCUCGAAGCUCCUUGGCCAGUUCUACAUUGCCGAGCUGGCGAAGCGAGUGCCUAGCUCUGUCGUGACCAUCAACUGCGCGACGCCCGGCAUGGUCCACGACACGCAGUUUAACCGCGAGGUUGACCGCACCAUUGGCGGCAGGCUGGUCAAGCCCAUCCUCCGCCGCCUUGGAUACACCGCCGACGUUGGUGCUCGCCACAUCACCGACGCUGCCCUCCACCACACCAACGAGGAGAUACACGGCCAGUACCUCUCUACCCAAAAAAUCAAGCCAAUGGCGCCCAUCAUUUACACCGAGGAGGGCAAAAAGGUUUCCGCGCAGCUCUGGAAGGAGACGAUGGCUGAGUUUGCCUUUGCCAACGUGGAGCAGGUCAUCGAAGAUGCUGCCAAGGACUAA